GCGUGAGAAACUGGAACAGAAAUGGAGUUUCAGGGUUUACCAGAAGGCUGCAUCGCUCUCAUUCUCUCUCGCACCACGCCCGUCGAUGCGUGCCGCUUCUCUCUCGUUUCAAAGCUUUUCAAUUCCGCCGCAGGCUCCGACGCUGUUUGGGAAUGUUUUCUUCCUUCCGAUUACCUUUCCAUAAUUUCUGAAUGCUCUCUUCCCAAUUAUCCCUCUAAGAAAGCCCUUUACCUCGCUCUGGCAGAUCACCCUGUCAUCAUCGAUGAGGGCAAGAAGAGUUUUCAAUUGGAGAAAAAGAGUGGGAAAAAGUGUUACAUGCUUGCUGCCAGGGCUCUCUCCAUUGUUUGGGGCGGCACUGAGCAAUAUUGGAACUGGACAACUGACCCCGAUUCCAGGUUCCCGGAAGUUGCUGAACUCAGAGACGUGUGUUGGCUUGAAAUUCGUGGGGUGUUUAAUACCCUUACCUUGUCCCCGGAUACUCAGUAUGCUGCUUAUUUUGUUUUCAAGAUGAUCAAUCCCAGUGGAUUUAGAAACCGCCGUGUAGAGGUAUCAGUUGAUUUCAAUGGUGACGAUACCAAAAAUGUGUGUUUGGAUGGAUCAUCAGACGGUACAAGAGUUGCAGGUUUGCAGCGUCCCAGUUUACGAAGUGAUGGGUGGUUGGAGAUUGAGAUGGGAGACUUCUUCAAUGUUGGCUUAGAAGAUGAAGUGCAGAUGAGUGUGAAGGAGGUAAAGGGUGGUAAUUGGAAGUCUGGCCUCUUUGUUGAAGGAAUAGAGGUUAGGCCAAAGUAUGAGAAUUAACCAACCGGUAUUUACUGUAUAAUUUAAUUCACGGGACUGCAUAUGCGUGGCUCUUGUUUUUAGAUGGCACUGGCACAAUGCUGCAUACAUAUUUUAAGCAUAGCAUUGACCCUUCAACUAUGAUGUGUUUUCGUACCAGACAUGUACUUCCAACUUCAA